AUGCCUAAGACGAGAAAGGCUUCAGACGCACGUGGAAAUGAGGAGCCAGCCUCCGCUGAUGCUCCCACGAGAGAGGGUGAAGACUGCAUUGAUCUCCUCGAUGAUAACAGUGACGGCGAAGGUGGGGCGACUGAUACAGCAGCACGCAAGCAAUCAGCAAAGCGCAAUACCAGCGAGAAAGGAAAGAAGAAACGCCAACCGUCUCAGCCCAAAGCAGAAAAUGAGGGAAAGGGGACCGCAGAAGAUCCAUGUGAGCUGCUGUCCUCCGAUGAUGAGGUCGUCAUCUCGGAACCAGAUCAGAAAAGCAAGGCGAGAAACAACGGCACAACAACCAAAAAGGGUGGCAAAAGCGCUGAUAAAACGACAGCAGGGAGAGGUCAGGGCGGACGUGGUAAAGAGAAGGCAAAGAGCAAAUCGAAGGCACCUGAGCGUGACCCUCCCAAAUCUCAGCGUGAGGAAUCUGGGCAACGGCGUGGCUUUCAAGAUAACACAACCCAAGCUGCAGGGGCUGGUCCGUCAAGCACUGGAUUCACAAACCAUACACACGCGCCGUAUGGUGUUCCACACGUGCCCCCUGAGCCUGCACCCAAUCAUCAUGAUGACACUCCUUUGGUCUCGACACGCAGAGCGAAUCUUCUGACGACGUGGAGAAGAUUCAAAGCAGCGCACACGCGUAGCAACGAGCUCUUGAUAAUGCUGCGCGCCAAGCAGGAGGAGUACCGGGUUGCUGUUGCGCAAGGGCGCAUGUUCAGCCAUGGGUCUUCGUCUUACCAAGCGCAACUCAUCAAUGUGACUCGUGUCGCUGCCGCUGUUGAAGAAAUCAUGAAGCUCCAUCACAUAGUGAUCAAUGAAGUUACAGUUAUUGCUGCUCAAUACAAACGUGCUGCGGAAGAGUUGGACAACGCCAUCCUGACCAUGAAAAGUCAGCGUCAUGCCUCAGCGCAUCAGCGUCAUGGAGAAGCCAAAGCCACAGACUUUCAAGCAGAAGUGAAAGCUUGGGAACUUGUUGAACAAACCGCUGACUUGAAUGUCUUUCCUGCUGGCGAGCUGAAGAGGAUCGCCAUAGCUAUGGGUGUUGAUGUUACUGGAUGUUUAGAGAAGUCUGAGUUUGUCAAGUCCAUCGCAGCGAAGAGGGAUAACGGCAAGGAAGCGUGGCUGGUAAGAAAGCGAAAGCGGGGUGCAGAGGAAGAGAUCGCAGCGAGACAGCGGAAAAAGUUGGCUGAGCUUCGCAACGAGGAGGCAAAGCGGGAAGCUGACGAGGGUGCUCAAGCCAGUGCGAAACAACGCGCUGCCUCCCAGGUUGCUGCUUGGGCGCGAAACGCAGAUUUGCGACUGUUUUUGCAGCGGUGCGGUAUCACUGUGGAGGGCACAGGGAGGACGAAAAAAGCAUUGGCUGGUGCUUAUAAACGCGCUAUGCUGAAGUUUCAUCCUGAUCGAACACAGAAGGACAGCACCGAGCAACGGAUCCUUGCAGCAGAGGUCACGAAGUGGAUCACCCACGCGUGGCAGAAUCUUAGUUGA